UUGCCAAAACCUUGGUUUUAUUUUGCCUUUCAAUUACCUUACUCGCUUCUCUCAUCCAAUUUUCGACCACCAUUGUUCGUAAUUCUCAACUCCAAACCCCCGCAAAUUUCCCUUCUCUCUCUAUUUCUCUCUCUAUAUACACACACAUACAUAUAUACAUGUAUAUAUACAAUUCUCAUCGAAGGAACGAACGAUUAUAAUCGGAGUUUCGAAACCCUAAUAUUUCACUUUGGUACUCUAAUGGUGCAGAUUGUUUCAAUUUUCUAUUUUGAGCAACGGAGAUUCAAUUCUUGUCGAUAAUGGAGGUCUUGAAGGAGAAUAAUCUGGAAUUGGUGGUUUCCAGCUCCACCCCGUCGUUUCAGGACUUGUUGGAUUCGCAGCAGGACCUCUUCCGCAGCCAGAUCGAUCAGCUUCAGAACAUCGUCGUCAGACAAUGCGAAGUCACUGGCGUCAACCCUCUUUCGCAAGAAAUGGCAGCUGGAGCUCUGUCAAUUAAAAUCGGAAAAAGACCCAGGGAUUUGCUAAAUCCUAAGGCUGUAAAGUAUAUGCAGUCGGUCUUCUCUAUCAAAGAUGCAAUUAGCAAGAAGGAAUCCCGUGAGAUCAGUGCUCUUUUUGGUGUUACAGUCACGCAGGUUCGGGAUUUUUUUAAUGGUCAGCGUUCUAGAGUGAGGAAGUCUGUACGGUUGUCAAGGGAGAAGGCACUUCGAGCUAAUGCAUGUAAGGAAGAAGUGCAAGAUGGAGUCUCAACAAGUUCUGACCCUAUGAUACCUAUUAAUACAGUUCCCUUAAACUCUGUUGGUCCUACCAAUGUUGAGGGACCUUCAUGCUCUACACAGGAUGAAAUUUUACCUGGCAUAGAUGAUUCGGAUAAAAAUUUCAUUGAGAAUAUUUUUGCUAUGAUGCGGAAUGAAGAAACAUUCUCUGGACAGGUGAAAUUGAUGGAGUGGAUCUUGCAGGUUCAAAAUUCUUCAGUACUAAAUUGGUUCUUAACCAAAGGUAGUGUAAUGAUUUUAGCAACGUGGUUGAGUCAAGCAGCAACUGAAGAACAAACAAGUGUUCUUCAUGUCAUUCUUAAGGUUCUUUGUCACCUUCCACUACAUAAAGCUGUGCCUGUACAUAUGUCAGCAAUACUACAAAGUGUUAACAGACUGCGUUUUUACAGGACAUCUGACAUUUCAAACAGGGCAAGGAUUCUGUUAUCUAGAUGGAGCAAAGUUUUUGCAAGAAGUCAGGCUAUGAAGAAACCCAAUGCCAAGAAAUCUUUGAGCGAUGUACAGAAUGAGAGGCUGUUGCAGCAGAGCAUUGGUGAAAUUAUGGACAAUGAAAUAUGGGAGUCAAAAAUUGAUAUUUCUGAAGACAAUCUUGCUCCCUCAUAUGAAGGUUCAGAGAAUAUUAGGAAGUUGGAAUCUUCUCAGCCUCUUAAACUGCUCACAGCCUCCACAGAUGAUUCUAGUAAGAAGCUUAUUCGAGGGGUAUCUUCAUCCCAAACCAGAGAGCGCAGAAAAGUUCUGCUGGUGGAACAACCUGGCCAAAAACCGGGUGUAAGAAGCUCACAGGUGACAAGGUCAGUGCCUGCAAAUCAAGGCCGUCCGUUGUCGGCCGAUGAUAUCCAAAAAGCAAAAAUGCGUGCUCAAUUCAUGCAAAGCAAAUAUGGAAAAACAAGUACCUCUUCUAAUGAAGGGCACCAAGUGAAGAUUGAAGGUCCAAACAGAUUGCCUUCCCAAGCUUGCACUUUCUUUCCAGCAUCCAGAGCUGACGCUCGGUCUAAAAUUGAGGAACACAAGAAGUCUGUGAUGGUUCCUUCAAAGGUUUCUAAUCAACAGGAAUCUCCACUUGAUAAGAUGAUUUUGGACCCAGAUGAACCUUUAUGGAAGAAAUGCAAGAGGGUCCAAAUUCCAUGGCUGACACCACCAGAGAUGAGGAUCGAUGGUGACUGGAGACUUGGCAGUGGAGAGAGCAGCAAAGAGGUUGAAGUUCAGAAAAACAGAAUAUGCCGGGAGAAGGAAAUUGUCUACAAUACAGUGCAGGAAAUUCCAGCCAAUCCCAAGGAACCGUGGGACCGUGAGAUGGAUUAUGAUGAUACAUUAACCCCAGAAAUCCCAACUGAACAGCUGCCAGAUGCUGAUGGUGCCGAACCAAUGGCUUCCUCUAGUGAAAAUAAAAACAUUUCCGUUACUCCGGCCACCACCACCACCGCGACAUCAUCUCAGAAUGGUAAUGGGGGCAUGCCGGAACCAGAUCUCGAGUUGCUUGCCGUGUUGCUUAAAAACCCAGAAUUGGUUUUUGCCUUGACGUCCGGCCAAGGUGGUGGUAAUUUGUCGAGUGAGGAUACUGUGAAGCUGCUCGAUAUGAUCAAGGUUAAUGGGGUCGGUGGACUGGGUAAUGUAAAUGGGUUAGGCACAAUGGCGGAGGAGAAGGUUGAAGUUUCUCUCCCAUCCCCAACUCCUUCCAGCGAUCCUGUAACGAGUGGAUGGAGAUCAGAAGUUGCCAAAAAUCCCUUUUCACGGCAAAGUUCAGUAACAAACAGAGAAGCAUAUGUCAUCCCAGGAAUUGCUGGAACUGAAGAAGAAAAGCGUACUGCAACCAGCUCGAUGCGGCCUGAAAUUCGGUCCGCUGACAUCAUGGUACCCUACCAGCCAGAAAAUUUCCCAACAUUAUCCCAGCAAACAAUCCCUCCAUUCCGGUUUCCCCAAACACCUACUUCCUUACCCGAAAGACAGAUUCAUACUUCUUCUCCAAAUAUACCUUUACCCAAUUUUCAAGCUGCAAACUCACCUAUGAGGCGGGCUGAAACGUUGGGGCACGUUAAGCCAGCACCGGUGUCAAUCGUGUUGAAUACUCCAGAGAGACAGCCCAUUGAAUUUUCUAUUCCCCCUUUGUUGCCAACACGCCCACAAACACAGCCGCAUCAGCCUCACCAAAUGCCAAUGCCCGAGCCUCUGCCUUCGGCACAUUCUUGGAGUGUGAGGCAGGGUUUCAUUUCGAAUCCUCAUUCUCAAGCUAACCAUGACAAUUAUAAUGCAUUGGUUCCAGGACCUCCAGGUCAUCGGGGGAGAGAUGAAUAUAUGGGUGAACCCGGGUAUGAAACAUGGAGUCCCGAAAAUAGUCCGACUAGAUCUCCCGAGUACGUCUCAGGAUGGAACAGAAUGAAUUCGGGUCAUAAUUAUAGGCCAGACCAGUCAAGACCGAGGAAUUCUUCCCGGUACCGGGAUCAUAAUAGGUACGGAGACAGAAGGUGGCGCGAACGGGACCGUGACAGGAGGAGAUGAGUGUAAAGCUUUAAUGGCGGGAGGGUGGAACUACCUGGCAGAGUGGAUGUGUUUUGGGGAUGGGAGUUCUUUGAAAUUUGGAAUGGCGUACAAGGAUGGGCUUUGGCGUCAGGCAGAACACUAUAACUACUAAAACUUUAUCCUGUAUACUGCCUUUCCAAUUGAGGGGGAAAAAAACUGCCUUUCCAAUUGCGAAAAUAUUGAGAAGUUCAUUUUUGUUUUUUAUUCAAUUGGGUAAAAUCAUUUUAGACAUGCUAAAUUUAUAUUGUUAUUCACUGAGUGAAAUGAAUUCAGACAUGCCAAGUUCGUAUAGC